AUGCUCACAUCGUCCGCAUAUGCCGAAUCGGCGAACGAGGUCAUUGCUGAUUUUGACAUCAGCGCUGAGGUGUUUAUUAUAGGCGUUUUGGUCUUUGUGCUUGGGUCUGAGCUCUACGGGCGACAAAUCCUCUGGUUCACCUCCCACAUCGCCAUGGUCGCCUUUCUCGGCGGCUCCGCGGCUAGCCGGAACGUCACAACCCUCAUGGUAUUGCGAUUCUUUGCCGGCACCUUUGGGGGCUCGCCGCUUGUCAACUCGGGUGGCGCAAUCGCGGAUCUCUUCGUGCCCGCGCAGAGAGGGUUGGCGAUGACACUGUAUUGUGUGGCGCCAUUUUUAGGGCCGAUCCUAGGGCCUGUAGUAGGCGGGUUCGUAGCGGAGAAUGUGGGGUGGAGGUGGGUGCAGGGGGUGUGUUGUAUAUUUAUUGGGGUGAUAGGCAUCCCCGGUGCCAUCUUUGUCCCUGAAACCUACGGCCCUGUCCUCCUCACCCGCAAAGUAAUAGCCCUCUUGAAAGACGACCCCAAUAAAAUCUACAUUAGCAUCCUAGAAAAGAGCCAAGGCAAAAAGCUCCCCUCCGAAGUCUUCGCCUGCGCUCUCUUCCGCCCCUGGGUCCUCCUCUUCCUCGAGCCCAUCGUCCUCAUCGCCUCCCUCUACAUGGCCCUCAUCUACGGCACCAUCUACCUCUUCAUGGGUGCCAUGCCCAUCGUCUACAAUUCCACCCACGGCUGGUCCGAAGGCAUCGGCGGCCUCACUUUCACCGGCAUCGCCAUUGGCAUCGUCCUCGGCCUUGCCUACGCCAUCUAUGACAAUAACACCUGCUACGCGCGGCUCUCCCAUGCCAAGUCCGCAACCGCUGAAUCGUGCCUCCCGCCUGCGAUUGUGGGCGGGCUCGCCAUCCCCAUCGGCAUGUUCGCGUUCGCCUGGACGAACGGCCCGGAAAUCCACUGGGCGGUUAGUAUCGUGCUAUCUGCGCCGUUUGGCAUUGGCUGCGUGCUCCUCAUCCUGCCCAUCUUGAACUACCUCAUUGAUUCGUAUAUCAUCUACGUUGCAUCCGUGCUUGCUGCGGCGGCGAUCUUUCGAUCGGUAGUGGGCGCGGUGUUUCCGUUGUUCACGACGCAGAUGUAUGAGCGGUUGGGGAUUCAUUGGGCGACGUCUGUGCCGGCGUUCUUAACGCUAUUAUGCUUAUCGUUUCCGCUAGUGAUGUAUAGGUAUGGAGCUGCGUUGAGGAUGAAGUGUAAGUAUGCAUUUGAGGCGGCGGAGAUGAUGAGGAAGAUGCAGAAUAAGUGA